AUGGACCAAUACAUCGACAGUCGCUUUGAGAGACUCGAAAAGGCGCUGUCAAAUCUAAUUGACUCCGUCACAAAAUACCACCCGUCCACACUUCAAGCCGAGGAGCUCAAAACCGCCGACAACGAACUUACCAAGGGCCUCGAAGAAGUUCAAAUCCAUCAAAACAACUAUAUCCGUAUUCAAAAGCUUCGCCAGUCCUCUGCGGCACUGGACGCCCAAAUACGCGAGACCUUGACCAGCCUCGCCAACACCCACAAAGACGUUGUUACGACACGCACGACAACUUAUCCCUCCGAGCCAAACUAUCCCAUCGCGUACGAAGAGCUCCUUCGCUACGCACGAAGAAUCAGCAAAACCACCCUCCCGCCAGCAGCGACCAUUGAGGGUGCGCCGGCAUUGGCAGAGACGCAGUCGCCGAAUCCCGAGUCUCACGCACAGGCUUCUCUGACCCCGUCUGCGCGAACGCCUUCACAAUCGCAAAGUCCUGCCGUGAAUGGAACGCCACAACUGGCUGCGGACCAGGCAACACAGCAACCAGCGAAUAUAAACACGAGUUUACCUGAAGGAAUGAGCCAGUAUCUCAACCCUCUGUCUGGACAGCUCUUCUUCCCCUGGCCGUUGGAGGACAAGAUUCGCUCCGGCUCCUUGGCUUCUUACCAGGUUCUCGUCGAGCAGGGGAUUGAUCCAAAGGGAUACGACCCUGCAACAGAAGAGGAGAGGAAGCUCAAGGAAGAAGAGGAGCGCAAGGCCAAGGAGGAGCUGGAGAAGGCGGAGCGUGAGGCACGCGAAAAACAGCUCCGCGAGGAACGAGAGAAGGCUCGUGCUGAGAGAGAGAGGCAACGAGAAAAGGAACAAGCAGAAUGGAGGCGGGCGAGUAUUGUCGGUGGGCAGCCUGAUGGGCCUGGGCUGUCCAGACCAGGCACGGGUUUCGGGGAGAAGAAGCAAUUUCAGUUCACGAAUCUGGAUCUGGAUGACGACGACGACGAAUGA